AGACGUUGUUUGAAAGUUGUUAUCCACGUCCGAAUCUCCCACAGCCACUGUUGUCCAAGUGUUCACUGCUGUCCAAACCUGUCUGUCUGAGCGUUUUACCGUCUUCCUCCGUUCCAGGUACGUUGCGCAGCUUCAUCAUCUCCAUUAAUGGCGUUCAUUUUACUCCAUUGAGUUACAGUUCGAGCUCCACCUCCUUUGCCCAGCCCACAUUUUGAAAGUUUCGGACAAAUUUCUCAAAGCCUUGGUUCCCGACUCAAAUCUCAGCUUCCAAACCCUAACUUUUAUUCAUUGACUUUAUGUAAUUGUUUGCUUAACUAAAUUGUAUCUGAAUUUGUUUGUUAGGGAUCUUUGUUUUUCCGUUUUCCUUGAAAUAAACGAACAACGAGUCUCUGUCGAUGUAUCUCUUCGAAUUCCCUUAGUCUAUCUCCUCUCAUUUGGGUGUCUUGUGAAGUACAGAAUGAAUCAAAUUCUCUCAGUUCUUCGAUAUUGGCUUGUGAAUCAUCCCAUUAUCCUCAAUUUUGAAUGGAUUGAAGGUCAAACCUUCGCCUCCACGCCCCUGUUCCUCAUCCUUACUGUUUUCUCUUACCUAUUCCUCACCUUCCUCCUCUCCCGCAUUCCCAUUCCUUCCAUUUCCCCCAACUUUCUCAAGACAAUCUCAGCCCUUCACAACUUUGUUCUUCUCAUCCUCUCCUUCAUCAUGGCCCUUGGAUGCACUCUUUCUUCCAUUUAUCGUUUGCCUCAUCUCCACUGGAUUAUCUGUUUUCCACCUCGCACCCCACCAGUUGGACCUCUCUUCUUCUGGGCUUAUGUCUUCUACCUGUCUAAGAUUCUUGAAUUCAUUGAUACCCUCUUGAUCAUCCUCACCGGGUCAUUUCAACGCCUCACAUUCCUCCAUGUUUACCACCAUUCAACGGUUUUGAUCAUGUGUUAUCUCUGGCUUCAUACUUCCCAAUCACUGUUCCCCAUUGCGCUUGUGACCAAUGCGACAGUUCACGUGAUAAUGUAUGGAUACUACUUCCUAUGCACCUUUGGGAUUCGACCGAAGUGGAAGAGGUUGGUCACUGACUGCCAAAUCUUACAGUUUGUGUUUAGUUUUGUGGUCUCGGGUCAAAUGUUGUAUGAGCAUUUUGGUGGAUCUGUUGCUGGUUGCUCUGGCUUUGGGGGUUGGUGCUUUAAUGCUGUUUUCAAUGGCUCUCUUUUAGCUCUUUUUAUCAACUUCCAUUUGAAAAGUUAUGCUGCCAAUAGGAAGAAGAAGAGAAUAGAAUCUAAAACCCAAUGAUUCUUUUUGGUGAUAGUUUGGCUGUACUUUGUUUAUUUUAGAUUUUAAUCAUUACAGUUAUUGAUGAUUCUUUGUUGUUCCAGUAAUUUGCAUUCUGUUUCUUUUAUUUGGUAAACUGAAAUCUAGUCAUGCUUUAUAUUGCUCUAAAGACUUUUGUGGAAUGCCAAAUCCUUGACAUUCUUUAAUAAAUCACACAUGCAAACAAUCUUAGUUUGAAGUA